GGAUAAGUUGUUUUGCUUUGGUCACUUAUGUUUAGCAGGUAGCACUCAAUCUUCUUAGGAAAGGCGUAAUAAUAGAACAUGUACGAACAUGUACCAACCGGUCCUUAAGUAUUUCUCAAAAUCACUUUAAUAGGCACCAAGGGUAUGAGAUGGUUUUCUAAGCUCGUGUUUCGACCUUUAUAAAUUCCUUAGCAAUGUAUGCAUGACCAAAACAAAUCGGUAAACACUCAAAACAUACAUUCUGUAUUUUUUUUUGAACAUAUUUCUUUAAGUCGUAGCGAAAUCAUAAUUACUAGUUAGGUGAAAUAGCAACAAAGUGACGAUAAAAUGGAGGAUCAACCAUCAUCUAAUGCAACAAAGAGCUCAUCUGAUGGAAGUAGUGAAGGUCUAGUAGUCGAGUCGCGAGGAGAAACUGCAGCAGAGAUAGGACUAAAGCGUACACUAGGAGUACCAGGAGGUGUUUCUUUACUGGUUGGAACUAUCAUCGGUGCAGGUAUCUUUGCUACACCGCGGUUUAUCAUGAUGUACACUGGAUCGGUCGGACUAAAUCUCGUCAUUUGGUCGGUUUGUGGAAUCUUUGCAUUAUGUGGAGGUCUGUGUUACCUGGAGCUUGGAACGCUGAUACCACGGUCUGGCGCCGAGUAUACGUACAUCUUGGAGGCCUUUGGUCCUCUUCCUGCUUUUCUGUAUUCAUGGCUGCAUGUCAUUUGGCUCAAACCGGCUGGUGUUUCGAUACUUAUCACAUUUGGGACUUACGUUCUGGAGCCUUUUUACCCUGGUUGUAGCGAAAAGAAAGAAUUUGUGCCUUAUAUAAAAUUGAUAGCUGCUCUAGCUGUAGUAAUUAUAACUUUUGUUAACUGCGCAAGUGUUAAAUGGGCAGCAAGGAUGCAAAUAGUUUUCACAGCAGCUAAAAUGAUAGCAAUUGUCAUGUUGAUAGUGACAGGAAUCGUUCGUAUUGCACAAGGACAUGUAUCUCAGUUUGUCAACGCAUUUGAAGGAUCUACUACUGACCCUGGCUUGAUUGGUCUUGCAUUUUACAAUGGACUGUAUGCCUAUGACGGAUGGAAUCUUCUAAAUCUCAUCACUGAGGAAGUUAAAGAACCAAAUAGAAACCUCCCAGUGUGCAUGUUGAUCGGUAUACCGGUGGUGACGAUCUCGUAUAUUCUUGUCAUGAUUGGAUAUCUGACAGUACUCACCCCUCAGGAGCUGAUAACGUCAAAUGCUGUUGCUGUGACAUUUGCUGAUCGUAUGUACGGUGUCAUGGCGUGGAUUAUACCUGUACUAGUAGCGUGUUCAUGUUUUGGAUGUGCUAAUGGAGCAGCUUUCGGUGGAGGAAGAUUGCUAUUUGCAUCAGCGAGAGAAGGACAUCUUCCGCGUUUUCUAGCAAUGGUUCACAAGAAGCGCUUCACUCCUAUGCCGGCAUUGUUAUUCAAUUUCUUUGUUACUAUCCUAUUCAUUCUGCCCGAUGCUUCGACGUUUGAAACGUUGCUAAACAUCUUCAGUCUUAUUCAAUGGUUUGUCUAUGGCGUUUCGUUCUUAAUUGUCAUUCUACUUCGCUAUAAAAAGAAAGAUGCUCAUCGUCCCUAUAAGGUUUGGAUAGGAAUACCUUGCUUCAUGUUGAUCAUAUCCAUCUAUCUAGUCGUUGCGCCGAUCUACCAAGCGCCAUACAAUUCAUUGUUUUGUGCUUCAGCCACUUUACUAGGCGUGCCUUUCUAUUUUCUAUUUGUUCACUACAAAGCUGUACCGAAAGGCAUCAUGGAUCGUUAUGACAAAUUGAUCUUAUGGCUGCAAAAGAUUUUGGAUGUCGAACUACCAAAUAACCCUGUAAUGAAGACACAUCCAGACGAGUGAAUUGCCGACAUCAUUCUAGCCCAGUCCUGGCCUCCUUUCGACCCGCCCUAUAGGACUCGCCUUGGUCCUGAAAUAUAAUGUCGGACAAACGCCUGACCUCGACUACCGCACAUCAAAGAUUUCGACGGAUCGGAACUUUAUUAAUAAUAGUUAGGACUUGAUUUUGUAGAAAAUCGUACGAUUGUUUCAAGAGGUUGUUGCCUCCUGGUUGUAUUAAUCUCUGUGUUUUUAUUUUAUUAUUAUCAUCAUUCCAGAGUAGAUCACUAUUAGUGUAUUAAGUAGAGUUUGGUCAGAGUAUUGAUCUUGUAACGAAGUUUGCUGUUUAUUAAUACUGAACCAAAUAAAUGUCGAUGACAUGUCUUUUUUAC